GUGUGAGGUUUUUUUCUUACUCCACCAGCAUAUUCAACCUGUUCAUGAUGCCCUACAUCAUGCUCAAAACUGGUAUUGGAUUUGAAAGUCUGUUUAUACAAGCUGCCUUUUAUGGGUUGAUCGGGUUUUUUACAUUUGUAACACCGGUUACUUUGCAUGUCCUUACAAAAGGCUAUGUGAUUCGACUCUACUAUAAAGAUGAAAUGGACACGUAUACAGCCAUUACAUACAAUGCGAUCUUGGCAGAAAAAGCGACUGUUUUUCAUCAGAAGGAUGUAAAGAUUCCGGACAUCACCAAGAUGUUUACAACAUUUUACGCUAAAACGAAAUCGAUGCUUGUUAAUCCGAUGCUUUUCCCAAAUCCUCAGGAUUAUAACCAUCUCAUGGGCUAUGACAAAUCCUUUUAUUUUAACUUAGAGGAGGAGAAGGAAGCUGAUGAAAGAAAAUAA